CCAAAGACUGGUAGAGACAGGAGGGUGCAGGUGAAGCUGAAAGAGCAGAGGUCAACAAUCGAAUGGAGCUCACAUUCUGUCUACAUUGUGGUCAUAUAAAUGCACUUCCACCACCUGACAUUGAAGAUAUGAGAAGCAAAUGGCCUUUUCUUUUCACUCAAAAAUUUAUAUAUGCUCAGUUUGGAUUGCUCACAGACAUCAACAUGCUUCGUAGCUUGGAACUCAGUAUGGAGAAAUGUGGGAGAGCCAUCACAGAAUACUUCAGGAGAAAACAUACCAACAAAGAUGUCAAGGAUGUCCUCUCUAAUAGUGAAGAUAAUGAGAUGGCACUUUGUGGUGUUCAGCUGCUCAUGGCACACUUUGUAGAGAACCUAACAGGGCUGGUCCUUUUUACAGAUGUGUGUGCCACCACAGCUGAUGUUGAGACAACCCUCACUGUACCUGCAACUCCUCUCCUGAUACUGCUUGGCAUGCAUUUCAUUGAUAGACAUACUAAACUCAGGACACUACCAGUUGAAUUUGGGGGCAGAUCUCCUGUCCAGACAGGGCUCGAUGCUCAGACAGUGGACAUGACAUCCUCAGAUUAUGGAACAAAUCUGGAGAAGGUUCGGCAGAGCAGAAGUGGAUCUGUUCGCUUCGAGCAAAAUGUCACACUGCCCCCUCUGGUUUUCCUUCUCGCCCCCAGCACUGCUGGGCAUCGAUACUUUGGCGUGUUAGUGGCCGACAACACGUCUUUCCACCAAUUAGUCUACUGCAUGCAGUUCUGCAAAGAGUUCGGGAGGAUCAGGUUUGGCUUCUGUUAG